CCUAUUGUCAUCGUCAUCACCAUCGCCAAUUUCCAAAUCGAAUCUCCAUCAAACACUCAUCAGAUUCAAGCGAAAGCAUAAGGGUCAUCGAAGGUUGACAUCCGAUGGCGAGCGACGAGUUCAGGCUGGUGUCUCCGCCGAUCGACCGCGAGGGGAAGCUGCCGAGGAAGUACACCGACAACGGCCAGGGCGCUCUCAAGAGCGUGUCUCCGCCGCUCGAGUGGUACAACGUGCCGGAGGGGACGCAGAGCCUCGCCCUCGUGGUGCAGGACAUCGACGCGCUCGACCCUAGCAGCCCCAUCGUCCCGUGGACGUGCUGGGUGGUGGCAAACAUCCCGCCGCAGCUGAAGGGCCUCCCCGAGGGCUUCUCGGGCAAAGGGCACGAGCAUGGCGGGGACUACGCCGAGAUCCAAGAGGGGAACAACGACCACAAGGUGCCGGGCUGGCGCGGGCCGAAGCUCCCGUCCCACGGGCACCGCUUCGAGUUCAAGCUCUACGCCCUGGACGAGAAGCUGAACUGAGGCCACAAGGUGACCAAAGAGAAGCUGCUGGAGGCGAUCGAAGGGCAUGUUGUCGAAGAGGCCGAGCUGAUCGCUACGUUCUGAGGUCGAAUGUGGUGAUAGAUUCUUGUUAUGUAUACUCGCAGCAAGAUUUUGAAUAAUUUAAGGUGAUCCGAUGUCGAAAAAGCGAUGUGAAGGUGUUUCCAUAGUGAAAUUCGUCACUGAUCAGAGGUGAUCGAGAGUACUUUGUAUGCCGACGACCUGUUGGCUCUU